AUGGAGUUUCCGUUCAUGCGAGCAUUUAUUGCCCUCUUUUUGUAUCGCUACUUCCGUCUUGUUGUGAAUCUCUUUUCUUUCUGGACGUUCAAACCAAUUCCUCCGCCGGAGAAUCCGAAGUUAACUGCCCAAGAUGUAACGGUUAUCUUACCAACGUUAGAGGGAUGUGGUGAUGAACUCGUGGAAACCAUAAGAACGAUUCUCGACACCCAGCCCUACGAACUACUUUUGGUCACCAUUGAAGCGAAUCGACAAAAAGCCGAGAACAUGCUGAGCUUGAUGCCCGCUUCGAAGUCAAGAAUCCGCUUGUUCACCGUUACUCACCCCAACAAGCGCCGACAAAUGACUAGAGCGAUCCCUGAAGUCAAGACUACUAUCACGGUCUUCGCAGAUGAUGACGUGAGUUGGCCACGCACAGUCCUCCCUUGGAUGCUAGCACCUUUCGAAAAGGAUGAGCGAUUCGGUGGUGUGGUAACUUGUCAACGCCUGAGGCGGGCCGUUUCGCCAUCAUUCUCUCAACGCAUAUGGGGAUUUCUGGGUGCACUUUACUUGGAACGGAGAAACUUUGAUUGUGCGGCAACAACGCAUAUUGAUGGUGGACUUCCCUGCAUGUCAGGCCGGACAGUCGCAUACAGAACAGAUAUCCUUCAGAAUGAGGGGUUCACGUAUGGAUUUACCAACGAAGAAUGGUGGUUCGGAAAGUACCAAUUGAACGCAGACGACGACAAUUUCAUUACCCGUUGGAUGGUGUCGCAUGGCUGGGAGACUUACAUGCAAUAUCAUCCUGAAGCGGAGGUCUUGACAACUCUGGAAGACAACCCCAAGUUUCUCAAGCAGUGCGCGCGCUGGUCCCGAAGCAACUGGAGGAGCAACCUUACAAGCAUGUUCCACGAAAAACACAUCUGGUAG